CAAUGACAUCAUCAGUUUCGGAAAGUCAUGUCACGUGACUCGACAGUUCACCUGAUGAACAGGUAGCUAGAAAGCAGGUGUGUUUAGCCGUAAAGAUAUCCAAGACUUAAAAAAGGAAGCAAAAACAAAACUCAUGUCAGCGGCACGUUUUGAUCAUAUCCGAGAAUUUCCGCACUAUGACCAAGUGCCAUUCGGGUCCAUGUCCAGGGAACAAGAUUACCCAUACCCCCUUAGUGGUGUGGUGCCAGCCAUCAGUGCUGACCCCUUACCGCCUCCCCCUCUUCCAUUUGACCCGCCAGUGGGUCCAGACAUCUACCCAAAUAAUCCAGAGGACCAAACUGACGAAGCCAUGGACAUCAAACCAGUGCGGCGUUUCAUCCCUGACUCUGUGAAGAACUUUUUCCGGGGUGGCAGCUUCCGGAGCAGCAAAACCCAGUCAUUUCCACCACCUCCAUCUGAAAUUGUGAACUGCACUACAGGUGGCGUGCCAUGCUCACCUCCGAAUUCUCGGCCACCUUCACCCAAUGCUCCCAGCUCCUACACGGACCCAUAUGGGGGCUCUGGAGGAAGCUAUACCUCACGUAAGGAGCAGGCAGCACUGCUUGGUGAGGCACUUGAAUCAGUUUCAGGUCACUCGGCACGCACAGCUAUGACGUACAGCGAGAAGGUAGAGGAGUACCACAUGCGUUAUGCCUAUAUGAAGUCCUGGGCAGGCUUGUUGCGCAUCCUUGGCUGUGCUGAGCUCCUCUUAGGUGCUGCUGUCUUCGCGUGUGUCUGCGCGUAUGUGCACAAGGAUAACGAGUGGUAUAAUCUGUUUGGCUACAAUCAGCAGCCUGGCUUUGGAGCCAGUUAUGGAGGAUCCUUUGGAGGGAUGUAUGGCAACUACGGAGCCAACUACAAGGGACCUAAGACACCUUUCAUUCUGGUGGUUGCUGGUCUGGCCUGGAUUGUCACAGUCAUCCUGCUUGUGCUGGGAAUGACCAUGUACUACCGCACCAUCUUGCUGGACUCCAGCUGGUGGCCAGUGACGGAGUGUGUAAUAAACAUGGCACUGGGACUGUUUUAUUUGUGUGCAGCUAUAGUAUACGUAAAUGAUACAGUACGGGGUGGCCUCUGCUACUCCCCGUUUUUCAACAAUGGUCCAAGCGCUGCCUUUUGUCGCACAGAAGCUGGACAAACGGCAGCCAUCAUUUUCUUGUUCCUCACUAUGGUGCUGUACCUGGUUGGGGCUGGAGUGUGUCUCAAACUGUGGAGGCAUGAACAGGCAAGACUACGCAGAGAGGCCCUGGCACAGGAGAAUAAGACUCUUGCAUCGUUACCGCUGACGAUGAUUGGACCUGGGUCCAGUGUAUCAGGGCCAGUCUUUAGACAUCAAGCAAUGGCUUUUCCUGACAAUGAUGAUGCCGCUACUGUUCCACCAACUAUGAUGGAGCCAGAGUACCUGAGGGGUCACAUACCAUCAGGACACAUCCCUAAACCGGUGGUCAUUGCAGAUUAUGUGGCGAAGUACCCCACUAUCCGCACGAAUGACGAGAGGGACCAAUACAAGGCUGUGUUUAACGAUCAGUACGCUGAGUAUAAGGAGCUCCAUGCUGAGGUUCAGAUUCUGGUCAAUAAGUUUGAAGAGAUGGACAAUCUGAUUAAGAGCCUAUCAUCUCAGCCAUCCAGUCAAAUGGAACAUGAGCGGGUCAGCCAAAUUAUGCAGGAGUACCAGAGGAAAAAGAACGACCCCACUUUCCUGGAGAAAAAGGAGCGAUGCGAGUACCUGAAGAACAAACUCUCACACAUCAAGCAGAAGAUCCAGGACUACGACAAAGUGAUGGACUGGAGCGAUGGCUACAGUUAAAACAUGUGACAUCAUCACUCUGCUGUCUGACAUCAUUACUAACCCAAAGUGCUGACAGCGUUAGUGUGUGAGAUACAGUAUACUGUGACACUAAUCAAACAUCCAGGUUUAUGUUUGGGGCUUAAUCUGAUGCUUCACUGUCCUUAAAAUAAACACUAGCACUGAAGUUAAGUAUAAUACUGUAAUAUGUUUUAUAAAGAGACAGAUGGAGAGCUUUUUGUAGGGAAAAAAAGGUUAUUUAUAUUAUAAAUCAUCUUGCCAAAAAUGACCGGUGCCAGAAAGACAGGUGUCCUCGACCGGAUUCCUGGAGUGGACCUUGCUGCAACAGUAACUAGCUCAACUUACAGGAAAUAUUUUGAAACUUUUACACAUCAUCGGAUGUGACGUAUUUGUACUUUAUUUUCAUUUGAUAGUUAUUCACACAUGCUAUGAAAAAAAAAUAACCUUUUACACUCACUUUACAUUUUGUAGAACAAAGUCUAUGGUGAUGUGCAUGGCUUUGUGUCAAAACCUCUCUUCUUUUAUUAAAAAAUCAUUAAAAUUCCUGUAGCUUGUUUAGGAAAUUUGUGUAAAAUUGUGCUUUUAGGUAGCUACCAGUUUUUAAAAUGUGAACUCUCAGAAUCAUUUGUGUUGAACAAAAGAUUUUUCAAUUCAGUUAAAAUGAAGUGAUGGCCCAGGUUACAAUUUUAGGGUAACUGCACCUCUGGAUGCUAUUGAAGUAGGAAAUGGACUCUGUCUAGAUUAUUUUAGAUGAGCCAAAUGCAUUUUUUUGUCAGUUCUCUACAUCAUCUGUGAUUUUUACUAUAACGUGUUCACACUGAAGUGAUUAGAGGUUUAGUAAAAAAAAUGUUUUUGUACACUUUUAUAUCAGGAGAGUAAAAAAAGAACUUGCAUUGA